AUGGUAGAAAAAAAUAAUACUACUUCUCAAAUUGAUGAACAAGAUGUGGAAGCACCUGAAAUACCAGAAGUUCAGAACGAACUAUCAAAAGUUGCUACUAACCCUAAGCAAACCCCAACUACUAUUGCUAAACCAGUGGAAGAUAAUUCUAGGAAUUUACCAGAAAUCCCCAAGUUACCAGAAGCUCCUAAGCUUGAAGUCCCUGUACAGCUUCCACCGCCGCCACCACCUGCUCCUUCUUCAGCACCACUUCCUAAUAAAGUAGCUGAAGUACCUAAGUUUCCAUCAACUACCAAUUUAGAAGAUAAUAGUAAUAUCAAUAAAUCUUCUGACAUUUCUAUUUCCUCACCUCUUCCUGUAGGAAUAGCUGAAAGUGAUGCAGAAAAGAAGCGUCGUGAAACAAAAAGAAAAUCUUCGAUAAUAUUAAUUGCUGGAUUUAAUAUCGCAGUUGCACAUGCUCUUGAUAAAAUAGUACCCCCAGCCAUUAAUCCAAAAGAUGCUGCCGCUGAUAAAGCCGUUGCUACCAAUAUACAGAAUUUAGCGCAAACUAUUAACAAUGGCCCUGGUACGGAAGAUAUGAAAAUUGCUGAAAUUUGUUCUGGUGUAAUGAACGCUAUUCCUGAUAAA